CCGCAACAGCAGCUUCUCCUCCUCCUCCUCCUCCUGUCUUCCCCCCUCCCGCCCCGCUUGCUCGCUGGGCUCGGCGCGCGCACGCGCACACACACAGGCGGUCUCGCGCCCUGUCUCUCUCUCUUCGGUCGAUGGUGCCACUGCCGCCGCCGCUACUGCUCCUUGUGAGGGGAAAAGAAGCCGCCUCAGCCGCCGCCAUUACAAGGCCGCUUUUCUUCCCUCGCUUCACCCCACCCACCGAUACCCUCCUCCUCUCCUCUCACCGCGCCGGGGGAAGGAAGGAAGGCAGGGAGGAAGGAAGGAAAGGAGAGGGAGAGAGGAAGGAAGGAGGGGAACAUGGCGCCGCCUCCUUCUCCUCCCGCUGCUGCCUCGGGUCCUUCUCCGCCCCGCCCCGAGAGCCCGGCCAGGACCCGCUGCUGCCGCCGCCGCCGAUCCGGGGCAAAUGCUGUCUAUCCAGUGCUGAGGAUCAGUGAGAACUGAGCUGCUGAUGGCACAUGCAGCAGGGAAAUAGCCACCUUCACUGUCCUGGAGAUGAUUCACCUGGAUCGCUAACAGCCACCCAGUCAUUUUUGAUAUUGCAUGGGAGUGCGGCAGACUCUAAUACUCUAGGAAGAAGCCGAGUGUGGCAGGAUGUUUGGAUGAUGAUGAUGGCAAGGAAACAAGAUGUUCGCAUUCCCACCUACAACAUCAGUGUGGUGGGGUUGUCUGGGACAGAAAAAGAGAAAGGGCAGUGUGGCAUUGGGAAGUCUUGCCUGUGCAAUCGGUUUGUACGGCCUAGGGCAGAUGACUUCCAUUUGGACCACACUUCGGUUCUCAGCACCAGUGACUUUGGAGGAAGGGUGGUUAACAAUGACCACUUCUUGUAUUGGGGAGAUGUUGUGCGUUCUUUGGAGGACUGUGUGGAAUGUAAAAUGCAUAUUGUGGAGCAGACUGAGUUUAUUGAUGACCAGACUUUUCAGCCCCACCGCAGCACAGCCCUGCAGCCCUACAUCAAAAGGGCGGCUGCGACAAAACUCGCAUCAGCUGAAAAGCUCAUGUACUUUUGCACUGAUCAGCUUGGGCUGGAGCAAGACUUUGAACAGAAGCAGAUGCCAGAUGGGAAGCUGCUGGUGGACGGCUUUCUCCUCUGCAUCGACGUCAGCAGGGGUAUGAACAGGAACUUUGAUGAUCAGCUCAAGUUUGUUUCAAACCUGUACAAUCAACUCACGAAAACUAAAAAGCCCACUGUGGUGGUUCUGACAAAGUGUGAUGAAGGAGUGGAGCGGUACAUUAGAGAUGCGCACACUUUUGCCUUAAGCAAAAAGAAUCUCCAGGUGGUGGAGACGUCUGCCAGAUCCAAUGUGAACGUUGACUUGGCUUUCAGCACUUUAGUGCAGCUGAUCGACAAAAGCAGGGGCAAAACUAAAAUUAUCCCUUACUUUGAGGCUUUGAAGCAGCAGAGCCAGCAGAUUGCUGCUGCUAAAGAUAAGUACGAGUGGCUGGUGAGCCGCAUUGUCAAAAAUCACAACGAGACUUGGUUGAAUGUCUCACGGAAGAUGCAGUCCUCCCCUGAGUAUCAGGAUUAUGUGUAUCUGGAAGGGACGCAGAAAGCCAAGAAGCUCUUCCUGCAGCACAUUCAUCGCCUCAAACAAGAACAUAUAGAGCGCAGGAGGAAGAUGUACCUUGCCUCAUUGCCCCUUGCUUUUGAUGCCCUUGUUCCAGACCUGGAUGAAAUAAACCACUUGAGCAGCAUAAAAAUGGAGAAGCUGCUGGAGACAAAACCAGACUUCUUAAAGUGGUUUGUUGUUCUUGAAGAGACCCCCUGGGAUGCCACCAGCCAUAUAGAUAACAUGGAGAAUGAGCGCAUUCCAUUUGACCUGAUGGAGACUCUGCCUGCUCAGCAGCUCUAUGAGGCCCACUUAGAGAAGUUGAGGAACGAGAGGAAAAGGGCAGAAAUGAGAAGGUCUUUCAAAGAGAAUUUGGAAACUUCCCCUUUCAUAACACCAGGAAAACCUUGGGAAGAAGCUCGCAGUUUCAUCAUGAACGAGGAUUUUUAUAUGUGGCUUGAGGAGUCUGUCUACAUGGAUAUUUACAGUAGGCAUCAAAAGCAAAUUAUAGAGAGGGCCAAGGAAGAAUUUCAGGAACUGCUUUUAGAAUACUCAGAACUGUUCUAUGAACUGGAGCUUGAUGCCAAACCAAGCAAGGAGAAAAUGGGUGUCAUCCAGGAUGUGUUGGGUGAAGAGCAGAGAUUUAAAGCACUACAAAAGCUGCAAGCUGAACGAGAUGCCCUGAUCUUGAAACACAUUCAUUUUGUUUACCACCCAACAAAGGAAACCUGUCCCAGCUGUCCAGCUUGCAUAGAUGCUAAAAUCGAGCACUUGAUAAGUUCCAGGUUUAUCAGGCCAUCUGAUCGCAAUCAGAAAAACUUGCUUUCAGAUUCCAAUAUAGAUAGAAUCAAUCUAGUCAUUCUUGGUAAAGAUGGACUUGCACGUGAGCUAGCAAAUGAGAUUCGAGCUCUUUGCACAAAUGAUGACAAGUAUGUGAUAGAUGGGAAGAUGUAUGAGCUCUCCUUGAGACCUAUAGAGGGUAAUGUCAGACUUCCUGUUAAUUCUUUCCAGACACCAACAUUUCAGCCGCAUGGUUGCCUCUGCCUUUAUAACUCUAAGGAAUCUCUGUCUUACGUUGUUGAAAGUAUUGAAAAGAGCAGAGAGUCAACCCUUGGCCGAAGGGACAACCACUUAGUUCAUCUUCCUCUGACUCUGAUUCUGGUCAACAAGAGAGGAGAUCCCAGUGGAGAAACACUACACAGUUUAAUACAGCAAGGACAGCAGAUUGCCAGUAAGCUACAAUGCGUCUUCCUCGACCCUGCUUCUACUGGCAUUGGAUAUGGGCGUAAUAUUAAUGAAAAGCAGAUCAGUCAAGUUCUGAAAGGCUUGCUGGACUCAAAGCGAAACUUAAAUCUUAUGAGCUCAACAGCAAGCAUUAAAGAUCUGGCCGAUAUUGACCUUCGGAUUGUCAUGUGCUUGUUGUGCGGAGAUCCUUUUAAUGCAGAUGAUAUUAUUCUACCUAUUCUUCAGUCCCAAACCUGUAGGCCUUCCCAGUAUGGAAGCAGCAAUUCUGUCUUACUUGAAUAUCCCAUAGGACCACACAAGAGGCGUAUAGAACUCUCCUUGCUUUCAUACCAUUCCUCUUUUAGCAUUAGGAAAAGCUGGUUGGUCCAUGGCUACAUUUUGUUUUAUUCAGCUAAACGUAAAGCAUCUUUGGCUAUGUUACGUGCCUUUCUUUGUGAAGUGCAGGACAUUAUCCCUGUUCAGAUAGUGGCACUCACUGAUGGCUCAAUAGAUGUUUUAGACAAUGAUUUAAGCAGAGAACAGUUAACUGAGGGAGAAGAAAUUGCCCAGGAUAUAGAUGGAAAGUUUACAACCAUACCUUGUAGUCAGCCUCAACAUAAACUAGAGAUUUUUCAUCUGUUUUUCAAAGAUGUGGUGGAGCGAAAAAACAUCAUUGAAGCUACCCACAUGUAUGAUAAUGCUGCUGAAGCAUGCAGCACCACAGAAGAAGUGUUCAAUUCACCCCGGGCUGGCUCGCCUCUCUGUAAUUCAAACCUUCAUGAUUCAGAAGAAGAUAUUGAGCCUCCAACCUACAGCCCUUUCAGAGAUGACACAUCCAUGCCCAAUUUGUCCAAAGAUCUUUCUAAACUUUCCAUGGAGUUAGAGGGGAAUGAUGGUCUUUCUGUCUUUUCUGCUAUGAGCACUUUUGAAAGCAAAUUGAACAACAAAGUACCUCCGCCAGUGAAACCAAAGCCCCCUGUCCACUUUGAUAUUAAGGGGGACCUCUCCUAUUUGGAUCAAGGGCAUAGGGAUGCACAGAGGAAGUCCAUGUCUUCUACCACGUGGCCACCUACAGAUGGCUUUGACCCUUCUGAUUAUGCGGAACCCAUGGAUGCAGUAGUAAAACCAAGAAAUGAGGAGGAAAAUAUCUACUCUGUGCCUCACGACAGCACCCAAGGCAAAAUCAUCACCAUUCGUAACAUUAACAAAACCCAGUCCAAUGGCAGCGGCAAUGGGUCGGACAGUGAAAUGGACACAAGCUCCUUAGAACGAGGCCGGAAGGUGUCCAUCAUUAGUAAACCAGUGUUGUAUCGGACAAGAUGCACGAGGCUUGGGAGAUUUGCCAGUUACAGGACCAGUUUCAGUGUAGGGAGUGAUGAUGAAUUGGGGCCAAUUAGGAAGAAAGAAGAAGACCACACUUCCCAAGGAUAUAAGGGAGAUAAUGCCGUCAUUCCAUAUGAGACUACUGAUGAAGAUCCAAGGAAAAGAAACAUCUUACGUAGCUUGAGGAGGACAACAAAGAAACCAAAGCCUAAGCCUCGGCCAUCUAUCACAAAAGCUACAUGGGAGAGCAACUAUUUCGGGGUGCCUUUGUCCACUGUAGUGACACCAGAGAAGCCCAUUCCCAUUUUUAUUGAGAGAUGCAUUGAAUACAUUGAAGCAACAGGGUUGGGUACUGAAGGUAUCUAUCGGGUGAGUGGAAACAAGUCUGAGAUGGAAAGUUUACAGCGGCAGUUUGAUCAAGAUCACAAUCUGGACCUUGUAGAGAAGGACUUCACUGUGAAUGCCGUAGCUGGAGCCAUGAAGAGCUUUUUCUCAGAACUGCCUGACCCUUUGGUACCUUACAACAUGCAGAAUGAACUGGUGGAGGCCCACAAGAUCAAUGACAGAGAGCAGAAGUUGCAUGCACUUAAAGAGGUGCUGAAGAAAUUUCCCAAGGAGAACUAUGAGGUCUUCAAAUACGUUAUCUCUCACUUGAGCAAAGUAAGCCACAACAACAAAACCAACCUGAUGACAAGCGAAAACCUCUCCAUCUGCUUCUGGCCUACCUUGAUGAGGCCCGACUUCAGCACCAUGGAUGCUCUCACUGCUACUCGUAUUUAUCAGACAAUCAUAGAACUCUUCAUCCAUCAAUGCCCUUUCUUUUUCUACAAUCGGCCCAUCAUUGAGCCUCCUGGAGCCAUGCCCAGCUCUCCCUCCGCCAUUCCUGCCAGCACGCCUUUCCUGUCCUCCACACCUGUGAUGGCCCAGCCGUCCCCUCCACAGACUCCUCCUCCCCCCUCGCCGCAGUCUCCCCUCCAGCCCCUUCUUGCCCCACAGCUUCAGGCUGAGCAGCACACACUGUGAACCUUGGGCACAAGAGGACAUCGAGGUCUCCUCCUGUUCUUUCACGCGGAACAGAGACUGGAAACUCAACCCCGUCAUCUGUCGCCCUCCCCCCCUCCCCCUCCCCUGCCACUUGGUUGCAAAAUUCAGCUGGGCAAACUUCAGCGGCCUGAUAGGGCAGGGGCGAGCUGGAGUAUUGGACACAUGUGACGCCUUGGUUCUGCCUCAGUGCCUGGCACGGAAGGGCCUGCUGCGUCAAGGAUGACAUCAGACAUUCCUUUGAGCAGGAGGGGUCCGGACCUCGCUUUGAAUGCUGGAUCUGAUCAGUUCCGACCGGAGCAAACCUGUGGAACUCACGUGAACACUGCCACGAUCAGCUGGGUGGGUGGCUUUGGAUGAGUGUUUGGGGAUUUCUCCUGUGCACAGACAGAGAAGACCUGCUAGAGCCUGGCGAGUUGUGGAGCCCCCACCUCCAAACACAUUCCACGAGCUGCAACCAAGGGCCUGUUCUGCACUGCUGGGCACCUCCUCACCUCUUUGGGGGAGACCACCAUUUCACCUUAGACCAACUCUCACCAUCCCAGCAUAGCUGCUCAGAAGGUCUGGACCAACACAUCUGAAAGAGAGGCUUUUUAUGUUUUGGCAAAGGUGGAAUGUAAAUUUCUCCUGACUUUAAAGUAUCGGCCAAUCGUAAAGGGGGAAGGAACUAACCUUGAAAACAAACAAAUGACGAGGAACAUUAGAAGAAAUGAAAACAUCUCCACCAUCCACUGGUUGGGUUGUUUUUAAUCUGGCAAAGUAGUAGUUUGGGACAAUGGCUCCUUUUUACUUGAGCAGAGAAUUUGUGUGUGGCAGAGGCUCCCUGGCAAGGUGGGGUGAGGGCAGUCCAGGUUUGGUCUGGCUGGUUCUGCUGUCUUUAUUUGACAAAUCAUUAACAUAUCUCUCACACUACAAACACACCCACACUUUUCCGCCUCACGCAAAAUAUUGGUGUUUGCACUUAAUUGAAGGGAGAGUGUGAGGCAAGGGCAUGUGUGUGUGUGUGUGUGUUUGUCUUUUGCAAACACAAACGAUGAUGUGCUGUCUGACUUGGGAUUUAAUUCCUCUAGAACACUAUGUUGACAGAAACACUGUUGUUAAUCUUUGUGCGCGAGUGUAUGUGGGCCGUAUGGGGUUGGGAGCAAGUGGUGUGGCUAGAACAAUGGUGUUUUUUUUUAAAAAAAAAUGUUGCUGGUGGAAACAUUUUAAAGGAUAAAAGCUGGUGCAGGAAUGAAGUGGAGGGAAGUGCAAAUGAAUUUCACCCCCCUGUCCAAACCCAGAGUCAGAGGAGGCAGGCUAACAGAAUAAAGCCCUCCACUGCGGUCUCCUGGAGUGGCUGGUCCAGUCACUCCUUGGGGGUUCAGUUCACUAAUUUCUGCGGUUUGCUGCCAUUAUAAAGGUGGCUUGAGGAGUGACCGCGCCACAGGAUAGUAGGAUAAAUCUGACGGCAGGUUCUUAAAACCUUCAGGCACAACUUUGAAUCACUAGAAUUAGCUGCCUUUCCAGCAUCCCUGAAAUGGCCACGAGUCACUAUCGCCAUGCCUGGAGCCUGGACCUUCGUUGUAGGCUGUCACUGAGCUGCUUCUGCCCCCUCCCUUCCUCUCUCCAUGCAGUGUGUGUGUCUCUCUGCCCUGGCUCUGCUGUUUGGUGCAUCCUGACUCCGUGCACGGCCCCUUGCCCUUUUCCCACACCUGGAGCCACAGUAUGCUCAUAUCAACCCUUAAACCUGUGGUCUUUUCCUAGCCGGAGUGCAUGUUGGGCAUGCAGUGCCCCCCGGCUUUGCUACUGUGUGACCUCGGCUUCUUUCCUUGCAUCGUGGGAGUGGGGGCAUUGUGCAAGGAAGAGGCAAGAAGUGAAACCACUAGGGAUAACCAAUCAAUAUUUCCUGUGCAGGCACCAUUGAGAUGAAUGGUGGCUGUACAUCAGCAGUGCCUGGUAAACUGUCCUGUAGAGUGUGUGUGUGUGUGUGUGUGUGUAUGUAUGCGCGCGCAUUUGUGGGGCGGGGGAGAGGGAGGAAUCUACUUGGUAACAGGGCAGUUUUAACUGGAGUUUCCACGGUACCCCGGGAGGUCACAAGGGAGCAAUCCCCUAUGCCACCCUUUCUGUCUCUUCGCACUUUAAAGCAGAACCUGUGGUUUAUUGCUAGUUUUAGCAUUUCAAGGAUGUUUGUGUUAAUUUCAGUAGGAUGGGGAGAGAAACCCCAGUCCUCCCCAAUUUUUUUUUUAAAAAACCAACCCUCCACCUUUAUCCCGCCUCUUUCCGGCAUCCAGAGCCCAAUCUUCAGCAAACUGUCUCUCUCCUAUAAAUAAGCUGAAUUAUGUACUCCUUAUUUUAGAACCACAUUUAAAAUUUGUAUCUAUGUCAGGAUUGUGUGCUUGAAAGCAUCCCUUGUGAGCAUUCCUUACAAGUUUUUUUUUUAAUAUUCUCAUGCGUUAAUGAAGCUUUUGUGUAAAUAACAAACUCUUUUUGGUUUGUUUAGACUGUUAAAAGGAAAGCAGACUAUUUUGCCAUCCUUUAUGCAUGCAAAACCUUAAAGAAAAAUCCCACAGGGAGGAGGGGGAUGGAAGGGCUGGGAAAGAUCCCCUCCAACCUUCCACCUUGCUUCGGCCGUGUUUUGCUGUGAGCUGUGAGCGUUGGGUGAGCUUUGACUUGUUGCAACUAAUAAUGUAGGCUUUCUACCUGGGACAGGUUGGUGAUUUCUGCUGCGUAUGCAGUGUGUUUUCCUGUGCCUUCUCUUAGGGCCUAAUGCCAAACACCUCUGUCUGAAGGACCUCUUAUUAACAGCUCUUUAGAUUCAGGGUGCUCUUCCUUGCUAUCUUGAUCAAUGAAGGGGGGCUUAACCUGCCUCAAACCCCAUCGCUUUGCUGCACCUUGAAACUUCCGAUACAGCCUCAUUAUUGCUUUCUGCUGCAGGAUGAUACCCACAUGCUGUUGCUUUGUGAAGACAGCAGCACACACAAAAUUGGACGGGGCAGGCACAAAGGUUGCAGUGUCCUGAUUGGUGCUCUACUGUUGUUGAUCUGGCCUUGUGAUUCCACCCUCAUUUGCUGCUCUCGAAAGGGGAAAGGGGCACAGUAAGAAGAGUUGUGCUUUUUCCCGAUCCUGCCCCUUCCUCAGAAUGUGUCAUGUAGCAGGGAGAAAUGCCCAUCAUUCUUUUCGGGCGAUGGUGGCUUCCCCAUAGGAUUUACCAUUCCACAAUCCACAAGGUUUCUUGUCAUAUUAAAAGUCUGCUGGAGAAGCAAAGUUGGUGGUGCAGCCCAGUGGGAGGCAUGUAGACUGCAGAACCAAGAGGCCAUUUUUUAAAACGUCCCUGGGGAGGGUCAGACCAGGCAGCCCCUGCUGAUCUACCCAGCAAAGUGCUUCACAUGUUGUCAUUUC